AUGGUAGAGGUACUGCUUAGUCCGGGGGUCGCGAGGGCACCGGGCCCCCAGGAAACUGCUAAGGUCCCACGGUUUAUCACUGAGUGUUCUUCUCUCAAUGCGAUGGAAUUCCUCUCUCUUGACCACCUGUCAAACUACUGGGCAUCGGACACAGACGAACAUUCCACUUAUCAACCACACUGCCCUCCUUUCAAAAGACUUCGGACCUCGUCUGAUUCCGAAAACAUGUCUCAUAUUCGUCUGCCAAUGAACCUUGCACGUUCCAACGGCUUCCUCUGCUAUCCAUCGAAACCUCAUUCCUCGCAUCAGUCCACAUUGUCGUCAAGCGCUGUUGUCUCUCCUGCCAUGGAGACUACCUGUUCCAGUGACGGGAGUGUCUAUGACGAGUCGGCAUAUGGGUGCUUCAAUCAGCCCAAUCUUUCUUUCACGACGGCGCCAUAUACGGGGAUGGCUAAUACAGUCCCAAUAAGUGAUUUUGACUGGACUGCGAGAAAUCUGUCUUGCAUUUCCGAGACUGAAGACAACCCGUCACUCUCGUCCUCUUAUGAAUUCAUGGAUCUACCAAAGGACGAGCCACCUGCCUGGGACAAUAUGUCCUACCAGACCCAGGUCCCCUCCAUGCCCAUCUCCAAUGACAAGGCCAUCGAGUUUCAACCUCCCAACCCGCAAUUCCAAUCGCAAUUUCAGGAAUGCCCUACCACGUGGAACACAGAGAUGUGUAUGCAGGCCUACACAGAAAAUGUGGAUCAGCCAUCCACCUACUUCGAAUCCUCGACAGACUGGCGACAACAAUUUGAUCAACCCAUGGCUCAGGACUACAAACUCCUCCAGACCAUGUCUAUCACGCCAGACGAGCAACCCAUCAUACACCAUGAAUCCGCACAAAUCCGCACAUAUACUCACUCCCACACCACAACAAUGGCUCUUCCUCAAGACCAAUUAUCUAGAACGAGCUUCAACUACACGACCCCCUAUCCCAAAGCAAAUAAUAUCCAUCAAUCACAUCCUCAACUCCCCACAGGAGCAAACGACCAUCCACAACCACAAAACCCAACAGCAGUCCAGCAAAUCCAACGCACCCCAGAAUCCGUAUCCUACAACUCCUCACUUCAAACCCAACCUCAAAUCCAAUCCCAAGCUCCAAACACCCUAAAAGCAACCCUCCACUACACAGAUACGCGAAACGCCUUUCUAAUAGACUGCAAACGCCGCGGCCUCUCAUACAAAGAAAUCAAACGCGUGGGCGGAUUUAAAGAAGCUGAAUCUACGCUCCGCGGUCGAUUCCGGACAUUGACAAAGUCGAAGGAUCAGCGCGUCAGAAAGCCAAAGUGGUUGGAACGGGAUGUACAUCUCCUUGUCGAAGGGGUAUCAAUGCUCAUGGAUAGAAAUCACUAUGAUGAAGGUGAUGAUGUGCAUUCGGACCUCCCUGUUAGCGUGGUGAGCCAGAAUCAGAAUGGGGAGCACAGCAGUCAGAAUCAGGCCCACGCGCCAAAAGUCUCGUGGAAGAAGGUUGCUCAAUUUAUCUGGGCUAGAGGGGGUAGUUAUCAGUUCGGGAAUGCAACUUGCAAGAAGAAGUGGUGUGAGAUUUAUGGGGUUAAGAUAUGA